AUGGUGAGGAAGAACAUAUUUGAGGACAAGGUUUGGGACAGAGUCAUCAUCGACACCAGCUCCAAAUACAACAUCAUCGAUGCCAACAGCUGGAAUAUCAACUUCAUCUGCAUCAACGUCAACAUCAACGACAACAGCAACAACGUCAAUAUCAACCUCGACAUCAACAGCUUGCUUAUUUUGAACUUUCUCUUAGAAGGACCAGCAAAACAGUGGCAUCUAUCCUUAAGUGAAGAUAUCAAAUCAGACUGGAAUAGUUUGAAACAAGCUUUCUAUUCUAGAUUUCAACCAUCAGGACAAUUUGAUCUCUCCGUGCUAGCCAUAAAUCAGCAACCUGCUGAGUCAGUAUCUGAUUACAUCAGUAGAGUGGAACAGGCAACUUCUAGGAAGUCUAUACCAACAGAUAUCUUAGUUGCUAUAGCUGUGAAUGGACUGAACCCUUCCGUCAGACAAUGGGUCUACAAUAAAGAGCCCAAAACAUUGGAACAAGUGCGUCAUCAGGGUGAACUUGCAGCCAAGUCAUACCUCAGUGUCCAGCAGCCAGAUCAAGCUAGCCUCACAGACCAAGUCACUAAACUGUCAGCACUAGUGAUGUCACUGAUGGAGAACCAACCGAGACCCGUGGCAGCUGCAAUGUCUACACAGCAGGAGACACUCCAAGAUGACUGUCAGCAAGGAGUCAGGUACCAGUCACAACCUCGACGAGAUGUCUACAGUUCCAGACAAGAACGUCUUCAGUCAUCGUAUCCUGGUCAACAGUCGGAGCACAGGCCACGUGACUUCAGAAGAGAGCACCACCGUCCAUCCAGCAGGGACAGCAGAGAAAGAUGCUCAGGAUGUGGUGGGUAUUGUUCUCAGCGUAAUUAUUGUCCCCAUCGGCAUACAAUUUGCAAUUUUGCAGGAAGAAGGGUCAUCAUACAUCUGUUUGCUAUCAGGUUCUUCUGUCUAAGGUACAUAACGCAUAGGGACGCGUGCCUGAUUCCAAGGAUCCACUUAGAAUCAGGCACCCAUGUAAACUGCCCAAACCAUCAAACUCCCCUUUCAAUCGUAGUAAACCUACUACCCCAAUCUCAUCCAAUCCUAGUCAACAUGAAGUAUCUCUUGUAGCCCCUCUAUGC